ACUGUGAAAGAAAGCAGUCACUCUAUACAAAAUAUCGGAAUAUACAUGUAAAUAAAACUAUAAUUAUCUCGUAUUUUUAACCACUUAUUCUUUAAGGAGUACAUGUAGUUUUAGUUCUGAGGGAAUUCUGUUCAUUUUUAGUGUUUUAGGAAGUUGUUAUUAACUGUUGUGUCUGUUGUGAUCUCUGUGAACUAAGACUGUUUUAAGAGACAACGGAGAUUACACUGCGUUCGUGUCGAGGUCGGUUUAGCUGAACGCCAAAUGUACGGACCAAUUAGAUAGUACCUGCUGACGUUUCAAUGAAAGGGUCAUACCCCUACAUCCUUCUAGUCCUGUCGCUAUGGACCAUUGCCGCUAUUAGUCAUGUGACCUCAUCGUAUCAGCGUGACAAUCCCGCGGACAGUGACAUCCGCCCUGAGGAUGCGGUCAAAGCACGGUGGGCUAAACGGCGGAAAUCUAGUCGAAAGAGUGAGAAACCCAACAUCGUGAUUGUGUUGACAGACGAUCAGGAUAGUGAGCUAGGGUCGUUGAAUUAUAUGCCAAAAACAUUAAAAAUACUCAGAGACGGCGGUGCAAGAUUUACGAAUUCGUUUGUGACGACGCCAAUGUGUUGUCCGUCGCGAAGCUCCUUCCUGACUGGUCAAUAUGUCCACAAUCACAACACGUACACAAAUAACGACAACUGUUCCUCAAUUAAUUGGCAGCAGAAAUACGAGAUCAACAACUUUGGGACGUAUUUGAGUAACGCGGGAUAUCGUACAGGUUACUUUGGGAAAUAUCUCAAUGAGUAUAAUGGCACAUAUAUCCCGCCCGGAUGGCGGGAAUGGGUAGGCCUUGUCCGUAAUUCCAGAUUUUAUAACUACUCGAUAAAUUUUAAUGGACGGAUAAUAAAGCAUGAGGAUAAUUACUAUAAGGAUUAUCUAACGGAUUUAAUCGCUAAUGAUAGCGUGACGUUCUUAAAACAAUCAAAGGAGUAUUUUCCCAAUAGGCCUGUUGCGAUGGUCUUAAGUAUGCCUGCACCGCACGGCCCGGAGGACUCUGCCCCACAGUACCAACAUAUGUUCCAGAAUAACACAGCACACAGGACGCCCAGCUGGAACUAUGCGCCGAACCCCGACAAACAAUGGAUCCUACAGGUGACGGGGAAGAUGGAACCGAUACACAUGGCGUUUACUGACAUGUUACAGCAGAAGCGCUUACAGACGCUUCAGUCCGUUGAUGAUGCUGUUCAAAAGGUGUUCCAAGAGCUACGAAACCUGGGAGAGGUAGACAAUACAUACAUGAUCUUCACCUCCGACCACGGUUAUCAUCUCGGGCAGUUCGGGCUGCUGAAGGGCAAGGCCAUGCCGUAUGAAAUGGAUGUGCGGGUACCGUUCCUGAUUAGAGGGCCCGGCAUUCCUCACGGGAUAACGAUCCCCAACAUCAUUAUAAACCUGGAUAUAGCGCCGACCGUCAUUGAUAUUGCCGGCGUCCCCGUCCCUGAUCACAUGGACGGCCGCUCCAUCAUGGAUCUUCUGCAGAUGGCACGCGAUCCAGCCAAUCUAUAUAAUGGCGUCAUGAAACGAAAGAAAGCUUGGCGCGAUACGUUUCUAUUAGAAAGGGGAAAACUCACCGUGAAAAAACUCAAGGAGCGCGAGCGGCAGGAAGUUAUUCAAAUGAACGCCAUCGCAUCGAAGGAGUUACGUUUGAAAGAGCAAUGUUUAAAACCUGAGUUUCAGUCACCAUGUAAAAUAGACCAGAAAUGGGAAUGUCGCACAGGAGAACGCCUACGUUUGUACAAAUGUCGAUUUGGUCGGAAGGCGAACACAGACGCGACAGCUUCGGAGAUAUGUCAAUGCCCUCCAAAAGUCGCGACAGGGAAAAAGAAAUUUAUGCGUCGUAAGAAGAGACGUAAUCACCGACAUGACGGGCAAGAUGAAGGAGGUCCAACAACCACACCACCCACUAUUCCAAUAGAUUGGGCUCUCGCCUCUCGGCACGGAUUUCGACAAGCGCAGUACCGACAAUUCCAAACCCGCAGAAAGCGUUCCAUCUUUGCGCCGAGCAAGCGACGUUUCUUGAAAGUGGUUGGCGCACCAGAGAAGGAGAUGACGCUGAGUCACGUGUUCAAGCGGUCUGCACCGCCUGGGUUUGAAUGGCGAACGGCGUUCAAGAAUUACGUCAACGAUGAACCAGCAUCAGCACCUGCACCCCCUGGGCCGACACCCGACAGCGUCCUGAAGAAGUGCCGCGUCCUUGCCAACGACACCGUCUCAUGUCAGCAGGAGGUCUUCACAGAUUUUGACAAGUGGCGCGUCCAUAAAGAGGAAUUGAACAAAAUCAUCCAAGGAUAUCGCAAAAGGCUCGACAGUCUCAAAUACAUCCGGCGUCACUUGAAGAAACAACGCCCUCUAGAGCCACUACCAACUACUACUACGACUACAACAACGACCACAACAACACCAACAACAACAACAACAACAACAACAACAACAACAACUGUACCUCCAACAACGACACUUUCGCUGGAGGAUCUAGCGACGUAUUCGCCGAAUAUUUAUGAGGAUGAAUACGAUGACCUUGAGGAUUCAGAUGACCUUGAAGUUGACCCCAGUGACCCUAAUGCAUGCGUCUGCCCUGAUGACGACGAGGAGGUCAAUGCUGUAGAAAGGUGGUGGCGACGGAAGCGAAUACCAUGGCGACGCCUUUACAGGACGAAUCUAAAACUUGCUAGGGAAAAGGCGCGCCAGGAACGCAUCGAACGUCGUAAGAUGCGACGCAGCAAGCGGAAGAAUGCGCGAGCGGAGAAGGCUUUCAAGCCAGGUCGGAAAAAAGGGCGCAAGCGUGGCAAGGAACCGUGCAAGGAAUCGAGUAUGAAAUGUUUCACGAUGGACAAUGAUCAUUGGCGGACAGCUCCAAAGUGGAAGUCUCGCCAAGAUCCACAUUGUGACGUGAAGGGUGUCGAGUGUCGCAGGAUGGAUAACGACCACUGGAAAACCAAACCGCAGUGGAGAUUGGGUCCGUUCUGCUUCUGUGCCAAUUCGAACAACAACACAUACUGGUGUUUGAGGACAAUUAACGACACGCACAACUUCCUGUACUGUGAGUUCAUCACCGGGUUUAUCAGUUAUUAUGACCUCCUGAAGGAUCCGAACCAGUUCCAAAAUGCAGUUCGAGAGUUGGACUUUGGUAUUCGACUCAAGCUGAGGAUGCAGUUAGAUAAACUCAAAAGAUGUCGGGGAGCAAGAGAGUGCACCGUGAGAUCACGGGGGUCAGAUACAGGAAUGGAAGAAGAUGAUUCUGGUGGUGACCAAAAGGGGGCAGGAGCAUCUUCCCAGAAGCGACGGCCGGGUGACAGACUCGCUAUACCAGACUUUGUGAAGAAUUUCGGGACGAGAAAAUCAGAGAGUGAGCGGGAGCGUGGAUCUGGGCGGAUGAAUCUCAAUGAAGAGGAUUUACUUAUUGCUGGUUAAAGGCUCAGUCGAUCAUUCGAAAUUUUGAAUUUGUAAUUGAAUUUGAGAUUUUUACAAUCAUGUGAAUAUUGAUCAAAAAGUUCAAUAGUGCUGUUUAGUUCACGGACAAAUAAAUGCUCUACAUACCAAUUUUCAUUGCACUGGUGUGUCUAGUUACUACUACAAUACAGCCAUGUUUUUUUAUAUUUAUCAGUAAUAUAGGGCCUACUUGAAUGAACACCACCUUUAAAACAUUUAUCACUAGGCCAUCCAUCAUAGGAACGUGUUGGCAAAAGUGGAAGUUUUUCAAAUUGGCUUUAGAAUUUGAAUGUUGUAGUCGUUGGAAAUCCCACCAAUUCGGGCAUUAUCUAAGACCAAUCUCAGAUAUUUCAGACUUUUAUCGGAUGCGACUUAGAAAUCUCAGAACAGUACCCACUUUCGUAGAUUUCUGGGCUCCAGUUGGAAAGGAAGGAUACUUUUAGGCAUGCUGACACAAGUGGAGGUCUAUCAUCAGGGGCAAAAUGCUGUUGAAUUGAGAAUAUAAGUUUUGGGGCGGCGAAUAACUGGGGGGGGGGGGGAUGGAUACGGUCAUUGACUCAGACUGUGUCAUAUUUUAAACAAUGUUGUUAGUAAAAUGUAGAUCAUAAGGUGACAAUAUAAAGUAUGUACGAUAAUUAUUAAUGUCAGUUUGUCUAACCGAUGCUGUAAGCUCAUUGUUGACUUGAAUUUAGUGACGGCUAUCACAAAUACCUUGCGGUGGGCAUGGUUAUGUCCAACAAAUUCAUCUGGCUGAUUUCUGAUAAUUCCGGGGAAGAUGUAAAGAUGGGAUGUCUAGUCAUCUCAACCUAUCAACUUUGUUUAUAAUUCAGGCCUCUAGUUAGUCUUCAGAGAUGGUCAGUAGAGGCCUGCCAGCCCAUUCAGCUUUGUUGUAUGAAGGUAGAACUGUGUUUACAAAGGAUAUCCAAGCACCAGAGCUAUUCAGUCACCAGGCCUCUAGUUAUCAGACUUGGCAAAGGGUCAUUAGAGGCCCAACAGCCCAAUCCGCUUUGCUUUAUGUAGAUAGAAAAGUAUUGACAAUGGUUAUCCAAACAGCAGAUCUACUCAGGUAGCCAGGCUUCUAGUUAUCAGACUUAGGAAAGGUUCACUAGAGGCCCAGUGGCCCAACAGCUACAUUUUAUGUAGAGAAAACUGUGCUAGAUUCAGGCUUUGGUCAGUAUAAUAAUUCCUAUAGAAAAACUUACCAUUUAAUGGUGUGCUUUUCCCUUUUGGAGGGAAGAUGGGUUAACCUCGUAACCACAGUUUUCCCCUAUCGCAAUGUACAUAGCGUGUGAUGGCCAGUUCUAUGUUCAUGUAAAAUAAAUUUCAUUGGUGUUUUUAUA